UUUGCUUGACAUUUUAUUUGAUGGAAAUGAAAUGUUUUGCUGGGGUUCGGAAGUGUAUCUAUUCGGCUUUGUAAUAUUUGGUGUAAACAAUUAUUUUGAUUGCUAGAUUUUAUUAAAUACAUAUUUUUUCAAUGAAGAUGAAUGCUACAAGUUUAUAUGUUUCCACGUGUCGGCUUAUUGUAUUAGCUGAUGCUGAUGAUAAGUCUUCAUGGAUAGAUUUAUUUCGUUUGGUUCCUUAUUUACGUCAAUCUUUGUCUUGCACGGUUUGUGGAAACCUUCUAAAAGAACCUUACACUCCGACAAGUUCUGGAUGUCAGCAUCAUGUUUGCAAAAAGUGCAGAGGAGGAAGAAAGAAACUGAAACCUUCGUGUAGUUGGUGUAAAGAUUACGAGAAUUAUUCUGAAAAUUUACAAUUAAGAAUUUUACUGCAAUGUUACAAAAAGUUGUGUGAAUAUUUUAUGGGUACAGAUAUGUACAAAAUAUUGUUAGAAGAAGACGAAAUAUCUGAAGGCAUCAAUGGUGGUACGGUUGCCAGUUCGGGGCUCAUGGAUCUCAUACAGGAAGGUGCCGGAUUUACCGACGAUUAUAAGAGUACUGCUGGUCUCUCGAAGUCCGCGUACAGUAUAUUGCCAUGUGUUUAUACCAACUCUGCGUCUACACAAACACAAGCUGCAGCAUCCUCUAGUACUGCUGACACCCGGUCUUCAAGUAAAGAUUCACUGAACUCUAGAGCUAUUUCAAAUGGAUCUUCAAUAUAUUCUGUAAUGUAUGCAGGUACUGGAAAUAAAAUAACUAUUAAAAGAAAGGCUGUAGAUGAUGCUGAACCUCCUAGUCAAAAUGAACCCACCCAAAGGGAAAGUAAGUCUAAUCAAAUAGGUUUUAAAAAACCAUCUAAUCGAUCUCGUAGUUCUGCUAACAGCAAGAGAAAAGGUUGCCGCUGUGGUAAUGCUACAGCCACUCCAGGAAAACUAACUUGCUGUGGCCAGCGGUGUCCAUGUUAUGUGGAGAGCAAGCCCUGCACUGAAUGCAAGUGUAAAGGAUGUCGGAAUCCUCAUAGACCUGAUGGAAUGAAGGUUCGACCACAUAUACCUCAACUGGAUAGUAUACAUCUUACAUUAAGUACAAAUCCUGAUAGUUCACCAUCAUGUUCUGGGUCUAUGGACAGCCUCGACACUGAUACUCUCACUAUGGAGGCCAUGGAGGAAUCUUUGAACUUUAGUGCUGAUUUGAAGUCAUCUAAUAUUAAGGUAUACUCGAGUCAAUUACAAGAAAUUUCUGCAUCACUGCCAGCUACAAUAAUGAUGGAUGAGGAGCUACCUGACUCCCCUGAAGAUGAUAUGAGUUCACCGCAAGAGUACAACAUGGGAUCUCCGAGAGACUUUAUCGAUCCAGAUAUGGCAUCGCCAUUAUCUGGUGGCACUCAUGAUGUCACUAGUGACAUUGAGAUCGACAUAUGACAUCCACUCUCCCUGGCAAGUGACUAGGGUCUUCUUUUUAUCAUCUUACUGACAUGCAUACUAGGAAGUAUUCUGCAAUAUAUAUUUUGCCGUUUGAGAUAUCAUUAUUCAUGAUUAUCUUGCUAGUCACUUAUGUGAGGUACAUAUGUAUACAUAUAUAUGAAUGAUUUCAUAAGUAAUAACUAACAUCUUUUUCUGUCUGUACGGUAAACAUUUGUUUUAAGUAUUGUAUGAAUUUUUGUUAUUUCUUAAUUAAUAUGAUAAGGCACCUUCUUGUUUUUAUCAACACGAUGGGGACAUUUCAUAAGUGUCACUUCUGUAAAUCAAUCUCUAAAAUUUGAUAUUACAGCAAUAUUUUUAUUUUAAAAACCAUUAUGAACUAAAUUUCUAAUAAAUUUAAGUCACAAUUAUUAUAAAUUUAGUUUAUGAUGAUCUAUAAAACAAUAAUUUCUUGAAAUUUUUGGGUACUUAGACUUACCAUAGUGCAUACCUAUAUUAAAUAGAUCUAGAAAUUUGAUUAUCGAAUUAAUAUAUUUAUGAAUAUACACCAAUUUUUAUUAUACAACAAAUACUAUAUGUAUUCUUAAUUUUACCUGUUUUUCUAAACUUGGCACUAUUGGUAAAUGAUAUUAUAUCAAAUUUAGUUACUUAAAACAAAAAAUAACAAAUAUUUAAAACAUAAUAAAAUGAAAUGAAAUUAAUAUUUGAAAAAUGAUUAACUAAGAAUAUGUAUGUUAUGUAAUCAAUUAAUGCAGAAAUUUAUUUUAGCUAUUUAUAUAUUUUACGUACUGUUUGUUCAACAUGAAGGCAUGUCAAUUGUUUACUAGUUUAGCCAUGUAUAGAAAAACAACAUAGAUCCCUAAAACAAUUGAUUCUUUUUUAUUGUCUUACAUAUUAAAUUAAUUGAGUUUUAUUUAAUUAUAAUACAUGUAUACUAUUGUAUAUAACCUGUCUUUACACAAUGUAAAAGAUACAUUAGCUAAGCUCAUGCUUCGUACAUUUCUGAGAUAAGUAGCUGUGAUAUACAGUUAAAACCUUACUACAAGGGAUUUGUACAUCUUUAGAACAAAACCUAAUAAAUAAUACAACUAUAACUACGUCGUAUGUAGCUUUUUACAUUGUUUUCUACCAGUAAAUGAUAGGAACAUUAGCUGCUAUGCGAUAGGGUUUUUUAUAGGAUUACUAUUUUAUGUAUUUUUUAUUUAUGUAAUUGAUUGUACUAAAAUCUUAGAUACAAUCUAUGUGAUAGGAUUGCUCUUAUGGAGAUACCACGUAAUAUAUGUUUUGAUGUUCUUAUGUUUACCAACAUACUACAGGAAACUAUUCAGUAGUUUUUAGAAAUAAUAUGAUUGAAUUAAUUCAGAUUAAAUAUCUUUUUCUUCCACUUCCCGAUAUAUUUUUAUGUUUUGUGUUAAUACUACAAUAUAUAAUAACAUAUAAUAAUAUAAGUAAUUUUUUUACUCGUUGAUCACAUAAAAUAAAUAUUUCUGGGCGUGUCUUACUAUAAAAGUUUAUUAUAAAUGCGAAAGUAUUGUAUAGAUGUUUGAAUGUUUACAUGUUUAAAUAUUUGUGUGUUAUGAACAUCAAAUCAACUCGAUCACGCUUAAAUGCCUGGACGGAUUUGAAUGAAUUUGGUACUUGGGUAGGUUAUAUUUUAACUUAAGACAGAAUAAUUUAUAUAUUGUUUCACGCGCGUCGCGGAAAAUAGCUUAUUAGAUAAUAUCUGUAAAAAUAUUUUUACUUUAUUUAAGACCUGUAUUAAAAAUGGACUACUCUUUUCCUUUUUUGGCUGUGGCUUUGAGGUACUUAUUCAAUAAAUUUUUAAAUUGUGUUCUAUAACAAUCUUGUACAUUCCUAGUUUAAAAACAUUUAACUUAUUUUAAAGUCUUGAAUGCCCUUUCACAAAUUUACACAAUAAUGCAUCAAUUUCUUAUGAAUUUAUCUCUAAAAUUAUGGUAGCAACCCAUAUUUACUCUUCUGUUGUAAAUCAGUAAUAGUUAUUACUAUCUGUGACAAUAGAAGUAAUGGUGUAGUUUAACAGUAAUGAGAUGGCGUUGAAGGUAAAUAGAAAUAUCUUGUUAAUUGUAUGGUAUUAUUUGUAUAUUUAUAAAGCGGCCAUUACCUCUUCAUCCGGUAUCUCAUACCUUAGUCUAAGGACUCGAAAAAGUAUUAUUUGCUUAUUGCAUAAUUAACUUAUUAUUUUAAACAACUGUUUAUUUGAAACCUACUAUUUUUAUUGUAAUAUGAAACAAUUCAAAAUAAUAUCAAGAUUGUAAAUUUGUCAGCUGUUUAUGUUCUAUUUUUGUUAAUUAUAUAUUAAAAUAUUUAAGUUUUCAAUUGCAAUACAAAAUUAUUAUUAAAUUGCUCUUGUAUAUUAAUUUUCCAAUAUAUAUAGUAUCUUUAUAAAGUAAUUUUUAUUGUCAUUGUAAUAUUUAAUAAAUACAUAAACAGUAAAUCGACAAAACAUGAACAUCAGAUAGGUUCUUUUUUAAAUAUUUAUAUGAGUGUAUAGUAGGAUCAAGAAGCACUCCAGUACAAAUAGAUGUAACUUUA